AAAACAAGAGGAAGGUUCCUUAUCGUGAAGGCACCUCAAAGCAUCGGAGUUUCAGACUUUCAGUAACGCAGCGAGCCGGCGGUUUAAUGAGGCACUGCUAGCCGGAGAAGGCUGAGGCGAGGACGGUCGAGGGCCGGCUUUUCGUACGGUUGUCGUCUGGCAAACCAAAGAAUCAAAAGCGUCUCUUGUUUCUCCAUUCGGACGCACCUCCCAAAACCCUAGGACUGUGAUCAUGACAUCAGUAAAUUUUAGGUAUUGUCUGUCCAAUCAUGGAUGAAGACCGUUUUUUUAAAAUCUAUUUGAUGAAGAAGAUGCUGGAUGCAUAUCUAACUGCAUAUACUCAGAUGUGACCUCCCCUGAAGUGGAUGAGGGGAAAAUCUAGUUAAGAUGCAAGGCGCUUGGACAAUCAGGAGCUUUCUGCAUGUUCAUAGGGAGGUUGAAUGGGGAGUGGGAGAUGUCUGGUUGGAUGUGUGGGUGUUUUGGAAAAAGAGCUUUAACAUCUCCACGAGGAGCAAAAAAGAGGAUGAAUUUGCUCAAAUUUUAUUGCAAACCUAUUGUUUUUGGAGCAUCUUGGAGUAUAUUAACACUGGAGCUUGUGGAGCAUUAACCACAUCAAGGAGUGCUCCUGAUACAUAAUAUUGUUCAGUUUCCCUGUAGCAAAAUGAGUGGUCGUUCAUCUCGAACAAUAUAUGUUGGCAAUUUGCCAGGUGAUAUCCGAGAGUGGGAAAUUGAAGAUCUUUUCUACAAGUAUGGUCCCGUAGUGGACAUUGAAUUGAAGAAUCCUCCUCGCCCUCCUGGCUAUUGUUUUGUGGAGUUUGAGAGUGCUCGUGAUGCAGAAGAUGCUAUCAAGGGACGAGAUGGAUAUAACUUUGAUGGUUGUCGCUUACGUGUUGAGCUUGCUCAUGGAGGUAGGGGAAUGUCAUCUUCAAGUGAUCGUCGCGGUGGCUAUGGUAGUGGUGGUGGCGGUGGCGGCGGAGGCGGCGGCCGUUAUGGAGUUUCCCGACGUUCAGAGUACCGUGUUAUUGUACGUGGACUGCCUUCAUCAGCUUCAUGGCAAGAUUUAAAGGAUCACAUGAGAAAGGCUGGGGAUGUUUGCUUUGCUCAAGUUUUCCGUGAUGGGGAUGGAACCAUGGGCCUGGUGGACUACACUAAUUCUGAGGACAUGAAAUAUGCGAUACGGAAACUUGAUGACACUGAGUUUCGAAAUCCGUUUGCACGAUCUUAUAUCCGGGUUAAAUGUUAUGAAAAGAGUGCAUCAAGGAGCCGCAGCCCAAGUAAAGACCGUGGAAGGAGUCGGAGUAGGAGCCGCAGCAGAAGCCGAAGUCCAAGACGAGAAAGAAGCCUAAGCAAAUCUCCACAACGGUCUGCCUCAAGGUCACCAUCAAAACCAGGUCCUUCCAGAUCGGCUUCCCCUGUGAGGGCAUCUAGGUCACGGUCCAGAUCUUUAUCCCGAAGUCCUGCAUAGACAUAUCCAAAGUUGACCUUUUGCUAGAUGUGCUCUAUUGUCUGCUGCAGGGACACUCCAUGUUUUUGUUUUCAGUUAUGACAGUACAGAUGCUUUAUGAUUUUCUUUCUUUGAUCAGCUUAGUGAUCAAAUUUUCCGUUUGUCCUUAGUAUUGUUGGACUGAUAAAUUAGUGCCCAGUUGAUAUCUGUUA